UGGUGUUGGCUUCUGUGGCUCCGGGAUGCACUUACCCAUUUUAGCUCUCUCUAUGAGGAUAUAGCUCCUUCUGCUGUGAUUUCUCUUCACCAUUGGUUCGUUCCAACAGCAGAUGGAGACUGUCUGGUCUUACCUCUCUUUUUCAUGGUCUCCCACCCUGACAGGCCUUUCCAUCUCCAUCUCCUGUUUGCAUUCUGAAAUCUGCUCUGUUCCUAUAUCUGCUAUCCUGAUAUUCCCUGUAAAUGCCACAGGAAAGCCCAGCUCGAUGGGGGUCCUAAUCCCAUGAAGAACAUCUUUUCAGACACAUGCCACCUUCCCUGGAAUCACAUGCUGUCUAGGCUUUUUUGCCUUCUCUUCCCAGCUUCCGUGACUCCACUGCCUCUUUCUUCUGGGAACAUGGCUUCAUAAGUCACUAGCACAUAGCUCCUUCUUGGACCCUCCUUGGCAAACAGGACUAAGUCAACCCUGGAUUUUAUCUUGGACAUACAAAGGAAAAUUGUGAAAACUGUUGAGAAAGAUUACAACAACUAAACUUUAUCUGAGCUAUAGAUAGCAGACCCAAACUGGUCUAGAGUCAUUAUGUCUUCACCCCUAGCCCACUCCAUUUUCCAUGACUCCUUUUUCUGCUCAUUCCUGACCUACAUUGCAAUAACUUCCAAGAUUUCUUGCAGAUUCUUAUUGCUGUCUAGCCAAGAUGACUGGAGAACCCAAUGGGCUCUAGUUGAAAUGGAUGGAAUUGCACUAUUUAAUGACUCCUGGAUGUUUUUGAAUUGUUUGCAGAAAACCAUGAAAAUAACAAUGAAAAAGAUCAAGAUUCAUUGAAUUCCAGCACUCUCAACAGUGAACUACAUGAGGAGAAAGAGAAUGAUCUCCUGCUGGACAAAAAAUAUUUUCUACCCUCUGGUCAUCCUGAUUCACCUGACACACAAGAACUUUUCAGAAGCUCUGUCGUCCCAUCAGAUGAGCCUAAAGUCAGCUCUGCUGUGGAUGGAGCCAGUUUCUGCAAACAGAAGAUAACUGGAAGAAAACUUUGGUUUAGCAAGUGGAAAAUAGCAUGCAGAUCCCCUGGCCUUCAAGCUUCAGAGCUGAUUCAGAUGAUCUUCCAGGAAUGAAGAACUCUCCCAAGCUGGAAUGUGAUACCACAGAUGGCUCCUUCACCAACAAGCAUGGCCUCCCUAUCAUAGGCCGCAUCGAUGACUAUACUGCUCUCAGAGAGAAGACUGAGGAGGGAAAACAGCUGGUUCAAAAGAUCCUGUCUCUCCUGAGGCCCACAUGCAACUUCUUGGGCCUUGAAUCUCAGAGCUCAGAGGCACCAGGCAACAAAUGUUUCCAUGAGCUAAGAAGCAGCACCUGUGCCCUGCAGUACACCCUAGAGGAGUCAGCCUCCCUCCUGACCAUGUUCUGUCAAGUAGCUUUACCAAGCUUCCACGGCCCUGGGCUGCCUGGCAAAGUGGUGACAUUCUUAAGGGACCUGCUGUGUGCUCCAGCCUUGAGACCCUUUUUUUUUUAUUGGUUGCUCAAAACAUUACAAAGCUCUUGACAUAUCAUAUUUCAUACAUUUGAUUCAGGUGGGUUUUGAACUCCCAAUUUUACCCCAAAUACAGAUUGCAGAAUCAAGUCGGUUACACAUCUACAUUUUUACAUAAUGCCCUAUUAGUAACUGUUGUAUUCUGCUACCUUUCCUAUCCUAUACUAUCUCCCCCUUGCCUUCCAGGAGCCACACAAGAAACAAAGCUACCACAGGUCCCUAAAGCAUGAGGAAGCCUAGGAAUACCCCCCUCCCCACAUCUGAACAACUGUCUAUCUGCUAAGGAACAUCUGGGCCCUGUUCCUUCAAAGCUGGUAUAGGUUUGAAGAGGUGAUCAGAGAUGUCUCCUACUAGCAUAGGCAGAAAGACAGAAUGACUUCCUAGCAGUGAUGGAACACCAGUAGUCAAAUAGCACCAGCCCCAGCUCUAGGCAAAGUGCACCAAAGAUUGCAUAGUAAACCUUGUGACACUGCUUCUGAGCAGCCUCAGUGGCACAGCACCUGCCACAGCAUAGUUCUCACCUCAGCAGCUCUCCUCAGAUGAUCAACUUGGGAGAAAUGGUUGCCUCCUACACAUGGGUCAUGUGGUCCCAAUGUAGAGCUCCUUGGCAGUUCUAGAAGCAUGCUUCACACAUCCACCCCGACCAGGUAGCUCCUCUAGGCCAAGCCAGGUUGGACUUUGCCCUGCACUAUCAGGUCUGAUCUUUGAGUCCAUGUGAGGAAGGAAUGUGGUGACUUGCUAAGAGGCCCUCUCAUUCAUACCCUAGCACAAUCUGCUUCCUUUAUUAACAUGUUCUCCAAAUUUUACUGCCCCCUGCCCUCCCAUUAAGUAUGCUGUGCCAUUUUCUUAACCUAACAUCCCUCAGGGCAAUAUGAGAUUGAUGUCCACACCACACCUAUGCAAAGUCUUCUGUAUGGCAGCCUCUACUUGUUUCUUAGUGGUGUGGGCCAGGCCCCAAUUGUACUGAAGCCUCCUUUGUGUCUUCAGGGUGUUCCUAGGAUGUGAGUAGGUGAGUAUAAAUGUAAGAGAUUUAUCUAUGUUACUGUAGCCAUACAUUGAAGGCCAACAUCAGUCAUGGACAGGUUAGGUAAAACUGAAUAGUGGUCUUUCAGUAGCUAUUUUAUUUUUUAAAGCAAAAUUUGUAUAAAUAGAUUCCUUUUGGCGGCUUUGUUUCCCAUUUCUACACCAGUCCCUAGAACAAGUGUUAAGAAUAGAAAAUAAACUAAGCCAAACCC